AUGGCAACGUCCUCAGGCACCGUUACAACUCUUGACGGAGUUUCUAUCCGAUAUAUUUCUGCCGGGGAUGCAAACAAUCCUGUUCUACUGUUCAUUCCUGGAUGGGCGCAAACGGCAAUCCAAUGGCGAAAGCAGAUUUCAUACUUCAGUGCCAAGUACCGCGUCAUUGCUGUUGACCAUCGCGGCUUUGGCGAUUCCGAUAAGCCUGAAUGGGGAUACCGAGUUACUCGUUUGGUAGCAGAUCUAAACGACGUCAUUCUUCAACUGGAUCUCAAAGACGUUACUUUAUGUGGCCACUCCAUGGGCUGCUCCAUCAUCUGGGCACAUUGGGACACUUUCGUUUCUUCCCGAUCACGUAUUUCUCGUCUUAUACUUGUCGACCAAUCACCCUGCAUGAUCAUAGAUCCAGCAUGGGAGGAAGGCGUGGCCAGUUCCCUGGGAUCCAUCUUUACACCUUCUACUGCUCUUGAAAUGGGCGCCAGUUUACGCGGGGCCGGAGGAAGUGAAUAUGCGGCAGGAUUUCUGCGGUCUCUUUUCUCGCCAUCGCUGAGCGAGGAAGAUUUCGUAUGGCUGAAACUUCAGUGGAGCAAAAUGAAUCUCUCUCAUGCAGCUACGUUAUUAAUCAACCACGCCGUGGAGGAUUGGAGGGAUGUUAUACCAACAAUUACAGUUCCGACGCUCGUUGUCGGAGCUGAAGGAAGCGUAUUUGGGAUACAUGGUGCUCAAUGGAUUGCUUCCCGAAUCCCAAACGGCAAAGUGGAGAUCUUCAAAGAAAAUGAAAGCGGCAGCCACUUUAUGUUUUGGGAGAAUGAUGCUAAGUUUAACAGAGUUAUCGAGAAGUUUUUGAGUAGUUAA